CUUUAGAGAACGACUUACUGUGUACAUGCUCUGACGCCAUUUUUGCCGAUUAUUCGUAGAGUGUUUUAAGUGAUUUAUUUUGAGAAAUUUUGUGGUCUAUAUUAUACCAUUAUGUUUCCAAACUGGGGUAAUAUGCAAGGAGGUUAUGCAAUGUAUGGACAAGUAAAUCCUGGUUACCAACAGCAGGUGCUUCAAUGGCAGCAGAUGAACCAAAUGACGGGUGCAGGUGCACAGCAAUGGGGAGCGUAUGGCCAGCCACCACUGCCAACCGGCGGAGAGGCAAAACCACCGCCACCAGAACCCUCACCUGACGAAAAACCUCCACUCCCUCCCGAUCCGCCACCAGAUGGGACAGCCACAGAGACUAAGGAAACAGAGAUGAAACCUGUAUCUGAUGCAGAAAAACAGAAACUGUCCCAGCUUCAGCAACAAGCAGCACAAUGGCAACAGCAAAAUUGGACACAGCAACAGCAGGGAUGGAGUGAACAAGGAGGCAUGCAUCCACAAGGAGGUUUUCAACAAACCGGAGGUGUACAGCAACCAAUGGCCGUGUCUCAACAGGCCAGCAUGCCACAACAGCCGGCCAUGCCACAGCAAACCAGCAUGCAACAACAGCCAGGCAUGCAACAACAGACAAGCAUGCAGCAACAGCCAGGCAUGCAACAACAGCCAGGCAUGCAGCAACAGCCAGGCAUGCAACAACAACAAUCAACAGGAAGUGUCCAACAGAGACUGGAUGCUGUUCUGGAGGAGGAGAGAGCUUUUAACAUUCAGUAUCAGCAAUGGAAGCAACAGUUUGAUGAUUGGAUCGAACAAAAUCAGAAUCAUCCAAACAGGGAUCAGUUUCAUCAGUACCAGCAACAGUGGAUGACAUAUCAAAAACAGAUGGAUGAGAAAAGAUCCGACAUUAUGCGACGGAAGCAGAUGUUAUACCAGGAACAAAGUCCAACAAGUUCUGCUCAAGAUCAGUUCGGGGGUCCUCCUAGAGGACCAAGUCCUCGAGGCAGAGGAAUAAACCAGACGCCAGAACCCAGGGGUGUUCAAGCAAAUCGGGGAGGUAGACCAGAUUUCCGACCAAGAGGACCUCAACAUCAAAUGAACCAGUUCAGACCCCAAAUAAACAGAAAUCAAGGACCCAUGGGGAAUUUCAACAGCAGUUUCCAGGGUAUGAAUGAGGAGGAGGACUAUGAGGAGAAAGGGAUGGACUUAGAUGAGGAUGAAGAAUAUGAAGAGGAAGGGGUCCAUAUGAUGAACCAGUUUACACCCCGAGUACCAAAUGCUUCAGGGCCUCGGGGUCCUCGUCCAUUAGGAGGAAAUAAUAAAUUUGGAGGUCAGGAACAUCAGAACUUUGGUCGUGGGAUGGCAAGAGGUCAGAGACCUCCAAGGGGUCGGGGUGGAAGAGGUGGUCCAUGGAGUGGGAUGGGAAGAGGAGGCGGUCCCAUGCCUCUAAUGAGUAUGGACUUUACUGAUGAGAACCAAGGGGAGGAAUUUUAUGAGGAGCAAGAGGGUACAGAAGAGGAGUUUGAUAAUUCUUUCAAUAGAAAUCCAAAUAAUGUUCCCUCUGGACAAGCUAGGGGUGGGCCUAGAUUUGGAUUUAAUCGUGGUCAAGGAGACCCACGGUACAGAUUCCAGAGGAAUGACCCACAUCAACAGAACUUUAAGUCAGGUUUCAACACCCCAAAUCAAAAUCCAAGGUUUGGAGGCAGAAACAUGCAGAGUCCGGGACCGAGGUUUGGAUUCCCAGGAAAUCAGAACCCUCAGAGGGAUGGGUGGUCAGGACAUCAAGACGAUGCAAACAGUCGGCAGAGGGAUGGGUGGUCAGGACAAGAUGAUGCGAACAGUCGACAACAGCCCUGGCUUCAGAAGCAUCUUCAUGGAGGGGGUGGGAACCAUCCACAGUCCAUGACAGACAUAAAUCAAGAAAUGAAACUAGAGACCACAGAAGGAUCCAGUAACCACUCAGAGGCCUCCAAGAGUGCAGCCACUGAUGUGUGUGAUGAAAUAGAGGCACUGAGAAAACAGCAGGAGACCCUCAACCAACUUAAAAAGUUGGAGCAGAAAGUGGCUGAUUCUGGUGAAAAUAAAGAUCAAGACAAAAAAGAACCAGUCACACCUAAAAAGGAGCCAGAUUCCCCACAGAAAAAAACGGAUCAGACUGACAGCUCCAAAUCCGAGUCAGCAGAGAACGAUGCCAAGCAACAGCAGAAAUCUGAUGAAGUUUCCAGCAAACAAAGUGAAGGUCAAUCACUUCAACAAGGUCAAAAAGCAUCUAGUCCACAAGGACAAGCCCCUGGUCAAGCAGUCCCAAGGAUGACUGGCCCUAAUCUACAUGGUCCUAGAGGGCCAGGGCUAUUACAAGGUCCAAGAGGAUCUGGACCAAACCAACAAGGAGUCAGAGGACCUGGACCCAAUCAACAGGGUCCCAGAGGACUUGGACCCAAUCAACAAGGUCCCAGAGGAUUUGGACCUAAUCAACAGGGUUCCAGAGGACCUGGACCCAAUCAGCAGGGUCCCAGAGGACAAGGACCCAAUCAACUUGGUCCCAGAGGACCUGGACCUAAUCAACAGGGUCCCAGAGGAUUUGGACCCAAUCAACAAGGUCCUAGAGGACCUGGACCCAAUCAACAGGGUCCCAGAGGGCAAGGUCCUAAUCAUCAGGGUCCCAGAGGAUUUGGACUCAGUCAACAAGGUCCCAGAGGACCUGGACCUAAUCAACAGGGUCUCAGAGGACCUGGACCCAAUCAACAAGGACCUAGAGGACCUGGACCCAAUCAACAGGGUCUAAGAGGGCCUGGACCUAAUCAGCAGGGUCCAAGAGGACCUGGACCCAAUCAACAAGGUCCUAGAGGAUUUGGACCCAAUCAACAAGGUCCCAGAGGGCAAGGACCCAAUCAACAAGGUCCAAGAGGGCAAGGGCCCAAUCAACAGGGCCCCAGAGGACCUGGGCCUAAUCAACAGGGUCCUAGAGGGCCAGGACCCAUUCAGCAACAGGAACAAAAGCCUCCAGUUUCAAGCCAGCAUGGGCCACAAGAUAAUGCUUCAAAUCAGCAUGACCAAACCAGUCAGGAUUCAGAUCAAAUGGGUCCAGGACCAAAUCAGCAAGGACCUAGAGCACCUGGGCCAAAUAAUCAAGGACCCAGAGCUGCAGGUCCCAGAGGGCCAAGUCCAAUUGAGCAAAGCCCUAAUCAAAGACUCAGAGCACCUGGACCUAAUCAAGGACCCAGAGCACAAGGACCCAGAGUAUCAGGACCUAAUCAAUGGCCCAGAGGACCUGGCCCUGGUCUGGGGCCUAGAGCACCAGGGCCUAAUCAAGGAUGGAGAGCACCAGAAUCUAACCAGGGCCCUGGAGCAACAGAAAAUAAUCAAGGGCCGAGAGUUCCAGGACCAAACCAAUUUACAAAUGUCCCUAGUGAAUAUGAAAAUACAGCAGAAGAUGAUGAACAUACAAUUGACAGUGAAAAUUAUGAGAAUAAAGAGGAUGUAUGGCAUGCUCCUUGGGGACCAAAUUGGAGAGGGCGAGGUAGGGGCAGAAGACCCUACAGAGGAAGGGGAGGAGUAAUGCCGAGGGAGAUACAACCCCCGGAACAGGAAGAGGUCAUACCAGUGGGAGACCACCCUGACAAAUGGCAUAGAGAGUCAACUACAAAGAACAAGGAUUACUAUGACAGGGAACGAGAUGAAUACAGAGCACCACAUCCUGUUGCGGAUUAUGACAGGUAUGGUAGACGAGACCCUUAUGGACCUCCCCCGCCUGACCCCUAUUAUGACCGACGUGACCCUUACUAUGAUAGAUACGAACCCUACCACAGGAGAUUUGACACGUAUGGCAGACCUCCACCCCCACCUGAUCCAUACGAUAGGAGACCUUACUAUGAUUCCCACAGUAGACCUUACGAUUAUGGGCGCGAUUAUUAUGAACCCUACAGACCCCCACCCCCUGCUGAGGAACGACCUUACCAGAAGCCAGAGGUCAUUGAUCAUGCUCACAAGUCAUCAACAGAUUUCUUGCCAAAAGAGCCGGAGACGACAUAUGUGGCUCCACAGACUGUAAUAGACUAUGGCCAUGGUAGGAGUACAGAAGAAAAAGAAAGACCAGCUUCAGCCGUAGAUAGAGACAGAGACAGGUUCCGAGAUUUCAGUUCAUACAGAAGUCCGAGUCGAGAUAGAAGUGUUCAUGAGCCAAAGAUCGAGGUAGUGAAGGUAGAGGAACUGCUGAUUCAGCCUUGUCGCAGGACACGCCCACCUCAAAUUGUGGUCAUCCUACGGGGACUGCCCGGCUCUGGAAAAACCUACGUGGGAAAACUCAUUAAAGAUAAAGAAGUUCAUCAUGGGGGUGGGGCUCCUCGGAUGUUGUGUCUCGAUGAUUACUUCAUGACAGAGGUAGAAAAAACAGAGAAAGACCCAGAAACAGGGAAAAAAGUCAAGAAAAAGGUGCUUGAGUACGAGUAUGAACCUGAGCUGGAGAACUCGUACAGACAAAACAUGUUCAAAAGUUUUAAAAAGACGAUCGAUGAUGGUUUCUUCCCGUUCAUUAUCGUGGAUGCCGUCAACGAGAAAGUCAAACACUUCGAGGAGUUCUGGAGUUAUGCCAAGUCAAAAGGAUUUCAGGUGUACACUGCAGAAAUUGAAGCGGACAUUACAGCUUGUUCUAAGCGGAACACACACCAGAGAUCUAUAAAGGAGAUUGAAAAGAUAAAGAAAUACUGGGAAGAAACCCCAAGACAUUAUCUUCGUCUGGACGUCCGUGCUCUACUUCAGGAAGAUUCCAUUACAGAGGUUGAGAUGGAGAUGGAGGACGAUGAAGUCAAAUCAUCAGAGAAGCGUCGUAAGACAGACAGCGAUGAGGAGGAAGAUGUGAGGAUCGGAGGGGUUCAUAUUAAAAAAAGCAAAUGGGAAGUUGGAACAGAGGAAGAAUUAGAUAAAUUGGACGGUAUUGUCCAGAAGAAGAAGCGACGACCACCGUCCCCCGUGUCCAUUGACGACUUUUUGGGAGAGUACUACUCCAAACCUUUGGUUCCAGGACAGAAAAGGGUGCGCUGGGCAGAUGUGGAAGAGCGGAAGGAGCAGUUACGUCGCCGUGAAAUCGGCUUCGUGGUCGGUCAGACUCAGAGAGACUGGGAGAGGAUCACAGAUGAUACUUUUGCUGAUAGGCAACUCAAUAGAACUAAAUAUAUUUAAACAAUAAAAUCUAUUGUACUCUAGAAAGAGGGAUGCAGAUUAAAUAUGAAAUAUUCCGUGUCCUCUGAUACAGACUGAAGAGGAAUCGGUGAACCUGGAAAAAAAGUGUGCUCACAGAACGAACGACAACACAGGAUCUUAAAAAGAUACAUGUUAUAAAUGUAACUGUUUUAAUGUUAAUCAUUUAAUGCUUAUCUUGCUGAAAGGUUGCAAUUUUUAUCUAUUUAAGAAAUCAUGUUUACCAUUUUAAUGAUGUUUUACUAGUUUGUAAACAGAAUGUGGCUUGUCAUUUUCAGUGUUUUCAAUAGAAUAAAUGUGAUCGUCUUCAUUACUGGAA